AUGACACGAAGAAAUAAAAGAAUCGGAAAUGGUGUUUCGGGCGACGAGCAUCAAAAGAAGCGGCGCACAAAAACUGGUUGCUUGACAUGCCGCACCAGGCGAGUCAAGUGUGACGAGAGAAAGCCCGCAUGCAACCGCUGUGAGACAGCAAACCUUGAAUGCGCAGGAUACGAAGGAAAGCGACGCCUGCAGAUCCGAAGGCCCAGGCGCCCUCCAAUCUAUCAGGGCGAACAAGCCGCCGGCGGCUUGGUACCAACAUUCAGCGGUCGCGUCGAUGUGCCACCCUCUCCGAUAUUCCGCGCAGACGGUCUGCCCUUAGUAGGUCUGCCUGUCAAUCCCACGCCGUCCCAAAGGCCACAUUCGCGCGCACGCGAUAUUCUGGCCUAUCACCAGUUCCUUUUCAGAACAUGCCCCGCUCUUUUCCCGUUUGACAGGGAUCAUGUCUGGAGGGAUUAUCUCUGUGAAGCAGCAUGGGAGGUCGAGUAUGUCUACGAUGCGAUAAUAGCGCUUGGGAGCAUGCAUAGAGCGACCUUGCUACUGUCGCGAGGGUGCAAGGAUGAUCAGCAUCGAGGGAUAGAUACUAAAGUGAUCGCUGUUCAAGCGUAUACCAAAGCUUUCCAAGGCCUUGCUGAAGAGCUGUCAAAAAGCCAGAGGCCAAAAGUCCUGGUAGUAGGAGUGCUGGUGCUUUUUGCGUUUUUCGAGGUAUUGCGGGCUCUAACUUUUAGUCCAUACCAAAGUAUUCCACUGACCGUUGUCGCAUAG